AUGGAAAUGGAGUUAAUAUACAAAGAAACCAUGAAACCAAGUUCAGGCACUCCUCCACACCUCAAAACUUACCCUCUCUCCUUCUUGGAUGUGACCACUCCUCCCCAAUACAUGCCGAUGAUUUACUUUUACCAUCCAAAACAAAUUGAAAACCAAGAAUCCAAGUUAGCCCUCCUCAAGAAAUCCUUACCCGAAGCUCUCUCAAUGUACUACCCAAUUGCAGGCAGGUUCAAAGGUAGACUCGCCAUUGACUGCAACGACCAAGGAGUGCCAUUGCUCGUCACAAAACUCAAAUGCCAUCUCUCUCACUUUCUCAACAACCCAAUCCAGCCUAAUCUGCUUCCUCUGUUUCCAGACAAUUUGGCCUGGACAAAUAUGAACAAUCCAGACCACGAUCCCAUCAUGGCCAUUCAAAUCAACUGCUUCCAUUGCGGAGGAAUUGCAAUUGCAGUCUGCGUCUCUCACAAGCUCGGCGACAUUUCCACUCUCAUCAACUUCGUCAACGACUGGGCCGCCAUCACCAACCACUACCAACAUCAGAACCACACACUACCCUCUCCGCCCUUACUGGACGCCGGAGUGUCCGUUUUUCCUCAAGGAGACCUGCCGGUUUACCAAGAAAAACCCUACUUCGGUCUCCCGAAAUCGGUCUGCAAGAGGUUCGUGUUCGAAGCUUCGAAGAUCGAAGCCCUUAAAGCCACGGCUGCACCGAUUCAUCCGACAAGGUUUGAAGCGGUGGCAGCACUGAUUUGCAAGUGUGCGGCUUCUGCACUGGGGUUAAGCCCUAACUCGCCGUUGUUAAGCACCGUUACGGUGAAUCUCCGCAAGAGGAUCGAUCCUCCUGUCCCCAGCAAAACCUUAGGGAACAUGAUAACGUUCUUCUUGUUUUGCGCCUCUCAGACGGAUCAGCUACCGGAGUUGGUAAGCAAGAUGAAACAGGGGAUGGUUGGUAGUGAGAUGCAGUUGAAGAAGUAUGGAGGAAAGUACAGGGACUUGGAUUUCAUCGGCGAGACACUCAAACGAGACUCGGAGGCUCCCAGGGAUUUGAAGUUUGCAUUGAUGACACUUUCUAGUUGGUGCAGGUUUUCAACGUAUGAGGCGGAUUUUGGGUGGGGGAAACCGGUGUGGAUAGCGUCCGUUUCGAAUUUCAAGAACGGUGUGGUUUUUAUGGAUGCGAGAGAUGGGAAAGGGAUGGAAGUGCUUGUGAACAUGGAAGAGCAGCACAUGGCAAGGUUUGAGUGUAACCAAGACCUGCUUCAAUAUGCUUCUGUUGAACCUUCCGUUCAGCUCUACCACCAAGAUGAUCUUUCAACUUUCAACCUCUAA